GCACCAGCGUCCAACCCGCGCGCCACACAUACCACAAGACGUGCAUCGGCGUCCCGCCCCGCGCGGGCGAGGACAUCGGCGGCAAGCCGAACGUUGCCCCCGACGCGUCACCCGGGACCGCGCCUCCCUCGUCGCCGCUCCACGGCCACCCCCGCUUCAUCGACGCGCACCCCCGGCGCCCCGCCGGCGCGGUCAAGCCGGCGCCGUCAUCCGCGGCCGCAGCCGCAGCCGCAGCCGCUGCUGGCGGCGGCGGCGGAGGGGCAACCUUGGACUUCCGGACGCUGGCCGAGGUUAUGGCGGGGCUGGGCCACUCGACCAGGCGGGUGGACGUAAUGAAAAUCGACAUCGAAGGCCAUGAGGUGCGGGGGGAGCCCCGGGAGAACGCUUGA